UCUGUGCGCAUUGUUUGUGUAUAUGUUUUUAGACGUGUUUCAACAACUUGGUGAAUAUUAUAAACAUGUGAUGGUGUUUGAGGUGGAGCUGGGCAGCGAGAGCACCUCCUCCUUCCUUCUUUAAACUGUUGGGGAAAUACUACCAUCUCCGACGCCAAUUUAUUUCUGUACUGUAGUUAUUGGAUGAAGUAGAAGCAAGCAUGUGCAAAACUAUCUGCUGUGUAGUACCCUGAGGAAGAACGUCAGACAAACAUGGCCCUACACAAAAAGAUCUGGAACCUAAUGGAAUUACUGAUUGAGAGCUGACAUUGCAUGUUAGGAAAUGAAAAUGGGUGAAAUACUUUUCCAUUAUCCUUUCAAUUGUUCAGACACCGAGAACUGCUCUCGUAGGAACAUUUCAAUGUUGUCAUUUGGAGAGGAAUGCCAAGCUCAUCUGCCUAUGUUCUUCAUCAUGGCUAUUGCUUACAGUGCUGUAGCCCUCCUGGGGGUGUCUGGAAACCUCGCACUGAUUGUUGUAAUUACAAAGCAGAAGGAAAUGCAUAACGUCACCAAUAUCUUAAUUGCCAAUCUUUCGGUUUCAGAUUUGCUCAUGGCUGUCAUGUGCCUACCUUUUACAUUUGUCUAUACUUUCAUGGACCACUGGAUCUUUGGAGAAGCCAUGUGCAAGUUGAACAGUAUGGUGCAGUGCUUCUCUAUUUCUGUUUCCAUCUUUUCCUUGGUCUUAAUAGCUGUUGAACGUCAUCAGCUCAUUCUCAAUCCCCGUGGAUGGAGGCCCAACAAUAUGCACGCCUACAUUGGGAUAACUAUAAUAUGGGUCUUAGCUAUCCUCACAUCCCUGCCUUUCAUGCUGUUCUCCUUAGUGACUGAUGAUCCAUUGAAGUUGCUGCCACAUUUCUACGAACAUUAUGUUGGCAAGGUUGUAUGUGUUGAGGAGUGGCCUUCACGUACAUUUAGGCUCACCUACACCACAUGUAUGCUCAUCAUACAGUAUAUUGGACCUCUUUGCUUCAUAUUCAUAUGUUACUUAAAGAUUUAUGUGCGUCUCAAAAGAAGAAAUAACAUGAUGGACAAAAUGAGAGAAAAUAAAUACAGAUCCAGUGAAACGAAAAGAAUAAAUGUCAUGCUGUUUUCCAUAGUGGUGGCAUUUGCAAUCUGCUGGCUUCCUCUCAAUAUUUUCAAUGCAGUAAUUGACUGGAAUCAUGAAAUCAUAAUGAACUGCAACCACAACCCCCUAUUCUCUCUGUGUCACUUGACAGCAAUGGUUUCUGUUUGUGUAAAUCCCAUCUUUUAUGGAUUCCUCAACAGGAACUUUCAGCGUGAUUUGAAUGUGUUUUUCCGGUUUUGCAAGCUCACCUCAAAGGAUGAAGAUUAUGAGACAAUAGCAAUGUCAACAAUGCAUACAGAUGUGUCCAAGACCUCACUCAGACUGGGUAGCCCAGAAAUAUAAGAAAAAUGAAUACAAAAAGGAUGUGCACUCAUGCUGCCAAUCUAACAAUGUUAACAUUUGAAUGUUCUUUAUUUUAAAAAAAAACAUUGUAACAGUGGAAUGGUCAGAUUAGUGACACAGAAAGUCUUAAGUUUGGAUGGCAAAUGUUAAUUUAAUUAACCUUUCUUUUCAUGUAUGGAUACAUAGACUAGCUAUCAUUCCUUAUUCAGUCCUGAAACAGUAUUUUUAGGAAUGUGACAAGGUAUCUUAAAGAAAUCUCUGUAUCAUUAUUAAAAUUUCAGAUCAAAACAGAUAAAAAACUUAAUCAAGCAAGUAUUAAAACAUUUACAAAUCCAUAAAAAGCAGGGACUUUGACUGUGGUAAUGUUUUUUUAAUUACAUUGUUUAAUGCUUUAUAGUCUUGCUUUGGUUAUGAAAUGAUGUAUUGCCAAAGCUGUUAGAAUAUUUACCAUAUAAAGAUGGUUAACCAUAACAAAAGCCCAAAACAUAAGUACAAUUUAAUUGAAACUUUGUUUAUUUACAAAAGAAAUGAUUUAAAGAAAUUGUAUCAUGGAAUUGUUUUUUUUUUGCUCACUCAAAAUAAAGAGGAAUGAGGAGGCAUUCAA